AUGGAACCACCGCAACCCAACAUGUUGGCGCCCCCGGCCGUGACCGCCCUUCGGUCACAGGCCGGCGUCAUGGAGCGAUCUUUGAGCGAAGAUAUCCGAGAAGAAAGAGAGGAAUUGCGAGAGGCUGCCGAGCAGACGCUGAAUGUGAUUGUUGAUCUCAACCUCGACGGCACCAUCCGCUGGGUCAGCCCGUCAUGGGCCGAUGUGAUUGGCACUCAGUCCGAUUCCGUGAAAGGUACUGCGAUAGCCGACCUGAUUGUCAGCGACAAUAAGACGGUUUUCGCGGAUACCGUGGAAUCGAUGAAGAAAGACGACUCCCGGAGCCAGAGAGUCCGCUUCGCAGUAGCGAUGGGCCCAUUGUCCAGGUUAUUGCCCAUCGACAUUGUUCAGGACCAGGAUCUCGAUGGAGCCGAGAAGCCCGCCCUCGAGGCUAUCGACCUGGAAGCCCAGGGUAUCAUGGUCUACGACGGAGUCUCGGGAGGAGAGAGCCACACAAUGUGGAUGAUUCGGCCCUAUAUCGCGCCUAGAGAGAUCAAGAUUGACCUUCCCGCUCUCAUAGUUGACUCUCUUGGAUCUGGCGCCGAAGUCCUUGCGAGCUACCUUACGCAGCUGGCCGAGUCCGGCGUCGACGAUCCCCAAAACCAUCCUCCGCCACUGCCGGUCUUGUGCCGAAUUUGCGAGCGGCAAAUCUCGCCUUGGUGGUUUGAAAAGCACACCGAUUUGUGUCUGCAGGAGCACAGGGCGGAGAUGGAUGUGCAGAUGGCACAAGACAGUUUGACCGAUCACCGACACUCCAUUGUCAAGGUUCUCGAUGCCCUCGAAGCAAGAAAAAGCAGACCACUGCCAGGGGAUCAGCUCUCCGGUCCAGCUGCCGAGUACAAGGGCCUGCCGAUCGGCCCCCCCCUAUCGGCCCAAUCAUCUCCCGGAAACUCGGUGUCACAGUCUCGGGAAAGAUCAAGUGGCUUCGGACACUCGCGAGCUCGUUCUUUUGCCAUUCGACGUCCCCAGGCAAGAAUUGUGGAGUUGCUCCUUGACCUCUGUGAUACUGCGAUUGAGAUCAGUACUCCGGCGGUGAAGGAGGUUUCUUCGCAGAACACUGGCGAGAUCAGGACCCAAUCUCCCCAGUCCGAGUCUCGCAUCUCACAGGUUAUGCAAUGGCAGUCACCCAGCACUAACACGCUGGAACAGGAGCAGGGCCUUGCUCUGCUAUGCGCUGACACCGAAAAAGCCGCCAAGACGAAGGUGGAAGCUGUCUUCAGACAUCGCAAGAUCAUCGAAUAUGCUGAGCGCAUCAGGAUCGAGUUCGCCGUCAUCGUUCAGGAUUGCAUCGAUGAGGCAAUGCGGAAAGCGGCCCGGAUUGCUGCCGGACGUCUUAGCGACUCCACCGAGGAGGAGGAGGAAGAAGACGAGGAGGCCACGCCCGCACACGAGGAACUGUUCUUCCAGGGUUCCUUCGAUAGCCCUUCUGCCCUCGCAGUUGCGCUACAGAGUGUCAGUCUCAACGAUACCGCAGACAGAAUCCGGCCCACCUCUUUCGUGGGAUCGGCACGGUCGAGCAGCCCGAGAGAGUGCCUGACGCCGAGAUCCAAUUUGGGAGGCAUCAACCCAGCGGCGCCUGCUCGUGAGUCCAGGCGAGAAUCGUUGCUCUUCGAGAGUGACAAUGGAGACAGCGAUGGAAGUAUCCGCUCAUCUUCAGUGACCUCGCGUCAGCCACCCCGUACCGACUCCCCGAUAUCCGAGUUUGGGGACCUCCGCCGAGCGGCAAGCUCCAGACAACACCAUCGUCGGAGCAUCAUCCUGCCCGGUGCCUCAUCACCCCGAAGGCAAGAAUCGCCUUCGCGCCUCAACCAGCCAUCAUCUCCACUCCGUAUCAUCAAGCCGCGCAACUUCCCGUUCUCCCAAGAUGGCGUCACGUCCCCUGAAGCAUCGCCGCUGCUACCCGGAAGUGACUUCAGCUCGCCAGCUCAUUUGCCGGUGAGCCACCACCGCCGACAGUCCUCGACAGCGAUGUCCGAGUUCGUCAUGAAGGGCCCCCCAUCCCCAAGAAUGGCAGCCCACCAGCCUCCGCCGCAAGCACGACCGUCGCCUCCGUCGAUCAAGGAUUUCGAGAUCAUCAAGCCGAUUAGCAAAGGAGCCUUUGGCAGUGUUUACCUAUCAAAGAAGAAGUCGACGGGAGAGUACUUUGCUAUCAAGGUCCUGAAAAAGGCCGACAUGGUUGCCAAGAACCAGGUUGGUAAUGUCAAGGCUGAACGCGCCAUCAUGAUGUGGCAAGGCCAGAGCGAAUUUGUCGCCAAGCUUUAUUGGACUUUCUCCAGCAAGGACUACCUCUAUCUCGUCAUGGAAUAUCUCAAUGGCGGCGACUGCGCAUCCCUCAUCAAGGUGCUCGGCGGUCUUCCGGAAGAGUGGGUUAAGAAGUACCUCGGGGAAGUAGUUCUCGGCGUGGAACAUCUUCACAGCCGGGGCAUCAUCCAUCGCGACUUGAAGCCAGAUAACUUGCUUAUCGAUCAGAAAGGCCACUUGAAGCUUACUGAUUUCGGCUUGUCACGCAUGGGCUUGGUCGGAAGACAAAAGCGGGCGCUUGACAGCCAAAACUCGGAUCCCACGCCUGAUCUCCUCAAGCAGGGCCCGUUCGCACGUUCAUCGUCGUUGGCAUCGUCCCGCUCCACCUCGCUGGAUCUUCACGGCCAUGCCCACUCGCCCAGCACGACGCCGCAGAUGACACCUGAUACUGGCUCCACUGGCGGGCAGCCCUCAUACUUCGCCCUGGGAGGUCCGGAGGCCCGACGUCUCUCGAGCCAUCGUAGCGAUAGUGGCGGCAGCGAGACCCUCGCGCGCAUGCUCAACAGCUUUUCACUGAACGACCAAGAGCACAACCCGCCAACCCAAAGUUCGCACCCGGUCCCGGAAGAUGCAAAUGACAGCGCUGGCCAGGCCUCUCCAGACAUGGCGGUACUCCAUCACGCCAGUACCCAAUCUAGUGUCGACUUCCUGGGCAAGAGCACACCUCCUCAGUCAUCCAUGAUGCCGCCUCCGAUGGCUCUGUUCGAUCCGGAAGACACCAACCGCCGGUUCGUUGGAACACCCGACUACUUGGCCCCCGAGACAAUCAAGGGCGAAAAGCAGGAUGAGACGAGCGAUUGGUGGUCUGUUGGGUGCAUCAUGUUUGAGUUCCUCUACGGCUUCCCGCCCUUCCACGCCGACGAAGCAGAAGAAGUCUUUGAGAACAUUCUCGCACGCAAGAUCCAGUGGCCCGAUGAGAACGAGUGCGAACCCAUCUCCGACGAGGCAAAGGAUCUCAUCAACAAAUUGCUCUGCAUGGAACCCCAGUCACGACUUGGGGCCAACCGAGAGGAUAAGUUCCCCUGCGGCGGUGAUGAGAUCCGCAGUCACCCUUGGUUCGAGGCUAUCAACUGGGAGACUUUGCUCCAGGACGAAGCGCAGUUCGUGCCACAACUCGAGCACCCUGAAGAUACCGAAUAUUUCGAUGCCCGUGGAGCCGUCCUGCAGUCCUUUGCCGAGGAGAUGGAAGAUCAGCUGUCGCCGCCUAUUUCUGGUACAGGCUCCGACUACCACGAUCGACCGCACGAUGCUUUAUCUCGUGUCCGAUCUCAGGUUAACUCGAUCAAACGCAACUUGAUGCCACUUCACAUCCCUCCGCACGUAAGGGACUUGAAGAGCAGGCGGCUCAGUGAGCCCGUCGUAGCAGAUGACUUCGGCAGUUUCACCUUCAAGAACCUUCCAGUGUUGGAGAAGGCCAACAAGGAUGUGAUUCAAAAACUCCGCGCAGAGGCGUUGGCGUCCCAGAACAAGCCGACCGUCAUCAGCCCCGGCGGGAGCGUCACCUCGCCUGGUGCCAACCUUGAGGGCAGCCCCGUGCUGUCUAACCCGGUCCAGCGCACGAUUUCGAAUGCGAAAAACCGGCCACAAUCACCUUCUGGGUUGAGUCACGCCAAUUCGUCCCCUAGCAGGGCUUCUCAACCCUCAUCACCCUUGCUCGUCUCCUUUGUUGCUGGCCAAGGCAGUGAAGGAAGACGCAAGGUAUCCAGCAACUCCUCGAGUCUCUCGCAACAAUCCGGCGUGUCUCAUCAGCCUACGUCCCUUGACAUACCCCGGGUUCCGCCCAGCUUGCAGAAGGCGGCGACGAGUGCGGCUGCUUCUCCGGUAAAGGGGCGCGGCUCAGGGCCUCCGCCGCCGUUGGCCCUGUCGCCUCAGAAACUGGUAUCGACACCCAGACAAGCCUCGAGCAGUCGAUCAAGGUCCUUGACUGUGGGUUCCCAAGAAGGCAGCCCAAUCGCUGCAGAUGUGCUCUCGCACCACCGCAAUCGUCGUAGCCAGGUAUUUGACAUGUCUCCUUCUUCGUCCGAUAACGAGGGCGACAAACAUAAUGCGCUUCUUCGGGUGCAGCGGCGCCGCCAGAGCUCCCGCCGCCUUUCUCAAAUCGCCUUUGAUGGCGGCCCAAUGUUCCGACCACUGGACGUUCUGAUCUGUGAGGACCAUCCGGUGUCUCGCAUGGUGAUGGAAAAACUGCUUGAGAAGUUGCGUUGUCGAACAAUUUCAGUGGCCAACGGGUCCGAGGCCGUGAGAUACGCUAUGAGCGAGAUCAAAUUCGACAUUAUCUUCUUGGAGUAUAGGUUGCCUCAGAUCAACGGCGCUGAUGUGGCUCGGAUGAUUCGGGAGACCAAGAACACCAAUUCCCAUACGCCAAUUGUCGCCAUCACAGCCUAUUUGAAAGAGCUACAAGCACCUCAUUACUUCGACUCCCUGGUCGAGAAGCCGAUCUCGAGUUCUAAGUUGACCGAGGUACUUAAGAAUCUCUGCCAGUGGAAACCAGAGUCGCCCGGCAUCAACUACUCGAUGUCCUUGGGACACUCACAACCCGUUCCAUCUGGUCUUCGUCAGACUAGUUCUCGAGCGGACGACAGCCCGACUUCAAGCUCGUCUUUGUACGCUGGACGGCCGGGCAGCAGUCUGGUAACUUCGAGUAGAGAGGACUCUAUCAGCUCCAGCCUUUUCGGAGACUCCGAGUCGGUGUCAACUGAUGAUGUACCGGUGGUCAUCAGCCGAAAGGCCACGGGCGACUGGAGCGAAGGCGGACUGGGCAUUACCCAGGACGAGAGCGCGCCCCCAGUGAACUCACCCAAGUCUCUGCCAACACUUGUCACACAGCAGUCCGCACCGGGACAACUGGAGCACACCCGGAGGUCAGCGCCGCAGCACUCUGUGGAAAAGCUGAAGGCAAGGAAAGAGCACAUAGAGAAGCGCCUCGCCGAGGGAACAGAUUCGGCCGACGACGAGGACGAAGAGCUCGGCCUUGGUCGAGAUAAGCUAUUCCGGGGCAAGCCGCUACUGCCUAGUUCAAAACUCGGAAUUGAGAUGAUGAGAGCCGAUAGCCACGACAGUGUCACGAUUGGAUCGGAAAGCACUCCGGAACCCAUUACUCAAGUUGUCACACCCUCGAAGGAAAUUGACAUGCCUUCGUACGAGAUGUUACGGGAUGCAUCCACGCGGACGCCUCCGGACAGCGGUGUCAACGCGGAAGAAAAGUCUAGUGCCCCCGACGUCGACGAGACGCCGAGACCGCAACCGACCAGCCGAGAAGAUGUUGCGGAUGAGGAGCCAACACCGCGGCCCUUGGAAAGGUCAGGCUUGUUGGGGUACCAGUAG